AUGACCGAUGACGAUCUACCAAUGAACAUGACUCAUAAAGGACCAUGGAAGCAUCAUGGCCAAGGAUCUGCGGAUGACAAAAAUUUAAAGGAGAAACCAGAAAAACCAGAAAAACCAGAAAACCCGACUCAUGUUCCAGCUGACCGAAAACGUCGUGGAAUCUAUGACGAUGCUAAACAAGCCGGUCAAAGUGCAGUUCGAUCGGUGGAGAGUGUCGGUGGAAAAGUUAUGGAUACAGUAGAAGGGGCAGCGGAUACAGUAUGGUCAACUGGUGAAAACGCUAUGGAUCAUGUCAAAACUGGAGCUUCAGACGUCGUCGAUAAAGUCAAAGAAGUGAUUUAA